CAACUACAAUAUGGUGCCACCUAUGUGUUGACGAAGGCAACGUCCGAAGGAAAUGAAGAAUGCUUCAUUUCUAAAUGUUGUCAUUUCGUGUUGUUUUUAUGUGCUACCAAGAACUGCACAAAUGUGGGUGAAGGGAACUGUGCAAAACGCCAUUUUGUGGUUUAAUUCUUUAAGCAGAUUCAAGAAGAUUGUACUUUUUGCGCUAGCUUUUGUGGUUCUUCUGUACUAUUUACUGCCCUACCUCUUCAGCAGUCAAGAGAAACGCUACCAACCAGAUACAACAAGAGGAUGCCUAGAAGACAGGCUGCUGGAGUUCCAAGAUGCAGUAGACAAGGGCAAUGCCUUUGUGCACUUAGACCAGGAAACAGAUGCCAGCAAACAGAAUGUUAUAUAUGUUGGAAAUGGGAAAAUGGCAGUGGCUGUUAACUCUCAGAAUGGGCUUUAUAUUCGACUCAAUCGAGCAUUGUCACUUCCUGUGAAAUAUUGGCCUGUUAUUCAAACCAUUGUACAGAAAGAGACUGUAAAAGAAGCUAGUGUGCUGGAUGUUAAAUCAGGCAUCGCCUACAAAAUACAAGCAGUGCAAAAUCCAUCAGGAUGCAUGUAUGUGGAUAGCCAAGUGUUUGCACAUCGCUCACACCCUUCAUUAUUGAUACAAGACAUACGAGUUCAAAAUCCAACAAAAUAUGCAGUCACCGUUGAAUUUGAUCAGAUUGGAGCUUCAGGAUGGCAAGAUGCUACCAGUGUCUUGAAAACAAUAAACAGUCAAGCUGGCAAACCUGUGUCCUACCGGCUCACCUCAGGAGUCAUACAGCUUUCAGAUUCAGACUCUGUUGUGGCAGCUGCUGUUGGGAGUACCACUGUAGAGCAGUCAACUUUAACAGUUAUGCCUGGAAGUACUGUCAACUUCCACUUUGUCACAGUUGUCAACUAUACAAGACCAAUUUCUCAAAAUGAAGCACCAAAUUACAUGGCCAGCCUGUUGAAUCAGGUGGAACAGGAUAUGGCAAAAGGACUUAGUUUUGCUGAAAAGCAUCUUCGUCUUAAUCAUAUGAGAGUGUGGGGCAAGCUAUGGGAGAGUGGAUUUUCUCUGAGUUACUCCAAAGCCAGUGGGGUUCUGAAUGGUGAUAAGAUCAACCGCACCAUUUACUAUAUCCUCAGCAAUGUGCCAGCCCCCAUGCAUGAUGCGAGCACAAGCAAGAGGGAGAGGAAUGCAAUAGAGAAAGUCCUGUAUUUUCCAGAUCGUUGUUAUCAAGGUCACUCCACACUGACAGCAGAGACAUUAUGGAUAGAUCCAGUAGAUGAAGACCAGAUAGCUCGAGUAGUUACGACAUGGAUGAUAACCCUUGAAAAACAUGGGUGUGAAUACAUGGUACAGUCAGGAGCUGAAGGUGUGCUACAGGCCCUGAUACUGUCCUUUGGACCCCUGCACUUUCACAACCAGCACUUGGAAUUUAACGCCCACCCUCGUGAGCUCCAUCGUGACUACAUGUUUCGUCGCAUCAACUAUGGUAACAACACCCACGUCAACAUUUCUGUAGUGCUGGGUGAGGACAACAAGGCCAGCCUUUUUGUCUCCUUGGAUCGAAAUGAUAAGCCAUACUAUGCUUGCGACGCUGGCUGUCUGGAUGCACCUAUUCAGUUGAGCAAUGAGUGGCAGAAGUUCCCAGUAAAACUUACAGAGCCGCUGACUGGGAUUUUGUACAUCACUGCUGACAAACAACACAUGGAGGAGUUGAAGCAUGCAAUCCAUGUCAAGGAAAUAGCUGAAGCACCAGCUCAUGAGCAUCACAUUAUUGCCCUGCACAAACAUGGUCAUCACUUUGGUGGCCUGCCCACAUUCUUCUGGGUAUCCAUAGCAUUCCUCAUCACCGUCUUUCACCUCUUCCUCUUCAAGCUUGUCUACAAUGAAUACUGCCAAGGACAGGACCGAUAUCGUGGCCGCUACAACCUUUAACCAUGUUUGCAUGUGCAGUAGCAGUAGUCUGUACUGAAUCUUGGAAGACUGGUCUUAUGGGGUUGGUGGGAGGUAGGAUGUCAGAUCUUGUCGAAUGCAUAGCAGUGUUUCACGUGUGAUGGAAAAGAAAGUUAAAUUUCUUUCUUUCAGAAGAAAUGUAUACUGCAUGUUUGAUGUUGUGAGAGAGUCUCUUACUCAAAAAGAGAUGGGUUUGUUCCCCCUAUGCAGUAAUUUUUUUCCAUUAACUCAGCCAUUAAGUGCACCAUUACAGCAAGACUGCUUCUCAAAAUAAAAUGUAUGAAAUGUCCUAUGAAUCAAUAUGAGACAAUCUUGGCAAUGUAAAAUGUAUGCUUUAAGGAUGUCAUAACGUGUUGACUAUUAAUCUAAAGUUCAUUUCUUAAACUGCCUUCAUUCCAGUAUAAAUCUGAAUUUUGUGAAUGUUGUGUAGGUGUAUAAAUAUCUGUAUGCAUAUGCAUAUAGGAUUGUGGAGUGUCUGAAAGAAACAUGCAAGAUGCAAGAAAAAUAAGUUGUGCCAAAAGUUUGUCAAUAAUUUAGCAGCCUAACAAAAAAUAAACUUUCAGUGGAAAAUCUUUCAAACAAAUGGAUAAUUAUGCAUUAAUCUGUUUGAUUCCUACACAUGCUGUCAUUUGGAUGUUAAUAGCUAUUCAUAAAUUCUAGACCGUUUUUAAAUGGUCUUUCUUAGCAUGAAAAGGAUGUGAUUGUGCCCUAGAUCUCACAUGCUAGCUUUUUGACUUGUAAAAAAAUUUAGAAAUUUCUUGUAGUUCUACAUGUAUUCACACCCUUUUAGAUGCAAACAUGCUUGAUGUGAUAGAAAAAAUAACUUAUCAAACUUUUGGCUCUGCACAAUGUAAUUUACUGUGAUGCAUAAUAAACAUAGCCAUUCUCAAUGCAUGUAACAUUACUUGUAAAUGAUUAUUCAGGUGAUAGUUAAUGCCAUUAUCAUGAUAUCUGGAGACUCACUGCAUUUUCUUCAAAAGCAGCUUCAAGUAAACAGUUGCAGACCGGUAAUGACUGUUAAUGUGUUACAAUAUGAUGCAAGUUCAAGUUUCAAGUGGUUCUAAGUUUAGAACAUUAAUGAUUUGAUAGCCCGCUUUCAAAAUGUUUUUCCUUGACCUAGAUGAGCACAAGCAGUAAUGAAAAGAAAGAAAAUAUUUAAAUGGCUUCAGAACAUCGUACUCACUGUGUCCAGCCUUGAUCAGUGUGAUGUACUUGAAGCUGCAAGAUCUGGUCUGCAAGUUUGCCUUCUGGCUUAUUGAUCUUGAACUUUUUUUUUUAACUUUCGUAAACUGCAUGUCUGCAUUCAGUGAGUGGAACACCACUGUAAUGAGCAAGUAUGUGACCUGCAGUUCUUCCGUGGCUAAUUUUAUUGCUGAGCUGUCAUGUCUGAAGUCGAUUUAUUUCUUUGGUGUGAAAUAUUUUAGAAUGUUAAAGUUGGUCCAGUGGCGCAGUGUAAUACACUAUUCAUGAAGACUAUCAUGACACGACUUUUGCUAGGCCAGUUGCUCUGCUGUAAUAUUAUCUUAGUUCCUGACUGUACAAAACAUUAACAAACAAAAUACCAAAAUCGGAACUUAGUCUAGGAAGCUUCAGUAGCGUUAGGUCAGAAACUCAUAAUAAUGGGCUUAUCUCUAAUGUUACCUGUAACUUGUGUUGGCAUCGAAUUCCAUGAUUAGAGGUACUUAAUAGACAUUCAUGCAAGUUUUGUGAGCUUUUUGUUUUUACCAUAUUGCUGCAAGAGCCAAAACUUUUGAGGAAUAAAAGACUAAAUAUACUCAUUCAGACAAAAUUUUCAAUCAUUGCUUUAUAUUGCAUAUGUGUGUGAACUUUGUUUUUCUCUUAGGAUAAUACAAGAAGAACACAGUAUUGAUGCCUUUAGGCAAUGUUGGGAAGACCUUAGAAGGACAUGUUUUUACUAUGAGUGCAGUGUUUCUGCAAAUUAUUUUUCUUUUGUGGUCAUUUUAUUUGCAAUUAUUAAGAAAAAUCUAAAGCUGUAACACUUCAUUGAAAUGUAGAUUUAGGUAUGUGCAGAAGUUUGAAUGAUAUAAAAUAGAAAUUUUGUGGUUUGUUAAGCCUUGGGGUUCUUUCAUGUGGAAAUGAUUUCCAGAUUACUUUAAUAAUAAUUGACAGUCACUUCACACUGGAGUGGCUUUGAAACAUAUUUUGUCAUGUGCUGGACCUUGAUAGAGUUUUCAUUUGUUACAUGAAUUUUUAAUAGUCCCAUAUUUUAAAAAUGUCAGAGUAUGUAUAUGUGUGUGUGUGUGAGUAAAAACUUAUGUUCACAUUGUGAUUUGCAUUUUGUAAACUACAAAUGGGUUGUCAGAUGCAAGAAAAAUUUUCUUACGGUGAUAAUGCUAAGGAAGGGAACUCUCUGAUGUGUGGGAUACAUGAUGACCAAUUGUACAUAUAUAGAAGUAUCAGUUUAUAUAAAAUGACCUAGAAUUCCUGGAUUUUGCACAUCUGUUUUAAUCUUAUAAUCUGUACAUAGUGGAAGGACAUAUUCUGCUUAAGUUAAGAGUGAUGGGAUUUAUACAUGUCAUUACAUCUGCUUAUGUUAUUUUUUGCAGUAUUGGUUUAUAAAAUGCAUAUCAUUUGUGGGAGGAUUCUGGUUUCUUGCAUGUGGGUGUAUUUACCAUAAUUAUGCAGGGUAAAAUCACCUGAUAAAAUAUCAGUUCAUAAAUUAUGCAGAAUAUGUGUUUUGUUAUGUAAAGUAAGGGAUGUGUUCAGAAUGUCAGCUGAUGUUUUGAAUCAUUGGAUCAUUAAUAUCCAACAUCUAGCUUAUCAAACUGAAAUUUUCUCCUAAGAAACUGUGAUUAAUUACAUAAUUUGUAUCUCUCUUGAUGGUCUUCUGUUAUAAACGUGCAAAGCUCCAGCGAGUUAGUGACACCACCAUUUUCCUAUUUGCCAGUGUAUUUUUUAAGACUUAAAUAUGGAACAGCAAAGGAAGACAUUAUUUUCAAUGGCUAAACCUCUAAAAAUCUAUCACAUAGCUACUGGAUUCAGUCCAAUAGAAAAAAAAUAUUGUAAAAUACACCCGUAAUUUUUUUAAGCACAGUUUACUCCCUUGCAUCAGGCAUCCUAAAGUAUUGCGGGGUUUUUCCUCCUUUUUUUAUGGUUUGUCUUAUUGAAAGUAAUAAUAUUAACCACAACAUGUCUCAUGAAACUGUCAAUAAUUUAAGCACAUUUAUUUCAUUUUUGUUGUUUGUUGAACGGCUGUGAUAGGAUAGAGGGAAUAGAGAUGUUUAUUAAUGCUUGCCAUUUUAAUCUUAUUAAAAGUUAAAAAAAAAAUAAAAUAGGGAAUAAACUGGGAUUUGAAAGAUGUAAAUAUCUGUAGCUUUAAUAUUAUAUAUCAUAUGUAUUUGUAAACAGAAAAUAUGUGUGAAAUAUAAACUCAUUAUUUUUCAAUUUAGUGUUGCUGCUCUGAAACUUUACUAUAAUGAUUCAAGUGGUAAAGUGGUAAGUAUGUUGAACUGUGUUAUUUCAUAAAAUGUCACAAAUGGAGCAGAAGUGUUUUGUUGGUCAACCUUUUCUUUCGUGUUACUCUGGUAGAUCCAAGUCCUCUGGUCCGUAGCACACUUGCUAACCUGUACUCCUCGAGAUGCCCGUCUUGAUGAUUUAUUUCAGUAAUAUCUUUUUAGGUUUUUUACUUUUGUUAUUUUUAAUUGUGAUUAUACAGCUAGAAAAGAAGAUGAUCAAGGAUAAAGGUCUAAUAGAUUAUUAGACAAAAAAAAAUCUGAUUGCUAGACAGCUUACAAAAAUUGCUCAAUGAGAUUCCUCACCUAGAUGCUUUGCACCACGUAAACAGGCACAGCUAAGCCCAUAUUCGCUUACCAUAUUUGUUUUCUGCCUAAGUCAUGGUAAGUUUUAUUGAUUCUUGGAAUCCUAUUUUCAGUGCAAGGGAGACUACUUUCAGAUAACAUGACUUGGCUUUUGAUGUAAAUUAGUGUUUACAAUUUUUUAAUUCUAGUUGAGGAAUAGAAAUGCUCAUGGUCCAAAUAGCUUAUAAGUACAAUCCAUGUAUUUUUUUUCCCACAAAACUGGUCACAAGUUUUGUUUACCCUCAUUAGCUAUCUCGACAAGAAUGAGGACAUUUAUAGGGUGUUUUAUAGGCCUUCUAAUGAUUGUGAUAAAUUCCAACAAACCACAUGAAACCUUCUGUUUCUACUGUAUUAACUAGAGCUCACAUCUGGAUGAUGAUGAUUGACGAUGAUGAUUUCAGUUAUAAAUUUCACUGCAAGUAGCUCAGACACUCCACUUGUAUUGUCUGUUUUUUUUCACCCAUGUACACAGGUGCAUGAAUCCAAUUACUCAAACAUUGGCAUUAUGUCCUUCAUGUUGGGCUUUUUACAGAAAGAAGCAAUUUCUGAUAUUGUUGUAAUAUCACAACAGCCUCAGACUGAGCACCCUAACAGUACUCAUGCUGCUUGUGGGUGCUAGCUAGUGGAAAAGAAGUGUUCUAAUUUGUAGGAUUUCUGAAUCUUAUACUGGAACUUAAAUAAAUGCCUAUCAGCUCAGUUCUGAAGCUUUGACCUGAAAGACUGUAGUGAUGUAGCAGCUAAAUGAAACUGCACUUUGACCUUAGUUAAGCAGCCUAAAUGAUUUGUAUAGAAAGUUUUUUUUCUUGUCUUCGAUUGUACACAGUUGAAAGGACAUACAUUUAUUUUUUAAAAAAUCUAUGACUGCAGACCAAAAUAUACAACCGAGAUAUUGUGUUGCAGUGUUGUUGGUUUUUGGGGUUUUUUUGUGGUUUUUUUUUUUUUUUGUCAAGUGCAUCAAUUCAUUUGUUGACAUGCUAAAUUAUUCCGCUGUGCCAUUUAUGUGAGUAAUUAAAUAUGUUUGCCUUUGCUUUUAACAAGUAGCAAAUUUCUAAUUAAAUAUUUUCUAAAAUUUUUUCAUCUAAAGUAAGAAAAGCCAAAAAUUUAAAGAAAAAAAGAGAACCCUUGAUAAACGUCAAUAAUAAGUCAUUUUUCAAUUUCUGUGUCAUUUGUUAACAAUUGAAAAAACAAGUUAUCAGGACUGAGUGUGCAAGAUGAUGUCCAUUCCAGUAAUAAGAGACUGAAAAGGAUCCAGUGGAUCAAUAAAUAUGUCUGCUUCAGCAUUUUUAGUUUCAGUCACAAAUUAGCAGACAUCUUCAUGUAGACUGUUGGAAAUUGACAUCAAGCAUUUAGAAGGGGUUGUUAAAGAGAAAGUGUUUUUUAAAUAAGAAAUUACGAAGCAGCCUUUUUUUUCCUGUCAUGAACUGUUGACAGGAGGCAGAAUAAAUAGACUAUCCAUGACAUCAUUCUUCAUCACCAUAAGUAAUUUCAUGUAAAGGACAUAGUAAUCAUUAAAAUCAUUAUUAUUACUAGUUACUGUUUCAGUUACAUCAAGCUAAAACAUUUACUAGUAUUAUUAUUGUUGUAUGUACUUGGUUUUUAAAUAGUGUGGGCCAUCUGUCUCCAUAAGGUAGAUGGUUCUGGUUGUAAGUUUUUCUUUUGAAUUUUAUUGCCAGUGUAUGGUGUGAAGGGAAUGUUAUGGUCUCUGGGAGAAUUUCAGUGGUGUGUGUGAAAAUAUAAGACAAAUAAAGAUUUCUAUGAUAG